CGAAAACAGAGACGAAAACGGAGACGAAAGACGCGGACGGUAACGACUACGAGUACGACAGCGACGGCGACGGCGACGACGACGACGACGACGACGACGACGACGACGACGACGACGACGACGACGACGACGACGACGACGACGGUGGUUACGGUUAAAAGCGGCGGCACGGUGUCUUGCGGAGGAGUAGCGCGUGAUCAGGAAGUGGAGGAGGAGGAGUCGGACGAAGGAGAAGGAGGAGGUGCUGGAGGAGGAGGCCCAGGGGGAGGAGGAGGAGGUGGAGGAGCUGGUGUCGGAGGUGGAGGAGGACGAGGAGGAGGAGGAGGAGAAGAGGAGGAGGAGGAGGAGGUGGAGGUGGAGGUGGAGAAGGCGGUGGAGGAGGUGGUGGCCAAGGUGUUUUUCACGGUCGCGAACCGAUCGUCCGGUACGAACGUGCCGAGAAGGAGGAGGAGGAGGAGGAUACCGAAGGCGGCGGCGGCAACGACGACGGCGACGGCGACGACGGCGACGACGACCACGACGACGGCCACGACGACGGCAACGGCGACAGCGACAGCGACAGCGACAGACGAGGACGAGGACGAGGAAGAUUCGAAGAACUGGAACGAGAACUACCGUCAACCGAUCCGAAGAUAUUUCCUCGUCGUCGAGAACGCGCCUACGUGCUAA